CGCGAAACCGCUUGGGGCCAAAAUGAGGGCCCUUAAAAUUUUCCAAAGGCUGGUGACCAAGGGCAGACUUCCCCCCCCCAAAGGGCUCCAUGGGGCAACUACACGAAAAUUUACAAAUGAAGGAAAAAAAAUUUGGUACAGUGGACCCAAAGAUACAUAUAUAAACUCCGGAUUCGAACUAAAAAACGAAGACACAGAAAAACUAAUCGAAUUACUGAAGGAGAGUUUAAAGUUAAAGCUACUCUCUUGUACAUACUGCUCGGAAGAAAUAGCCAAGCAUUAUUUAGAGCUAGCCAUUAUGGAACACAAAAAUUUACUACUAAAUGACUCAAAAAAUCAUUAUUUAAAAAGUUUUGAUAUAUAUAAAAAAAUUUUUGGAGAAUUAAGUAUCAUGUGUGCAAACAUACAAACGUAUUUAGGCGUUGUACAUAAAGAUAUGGGGGACUUAAAAAAGGCAGAAGAAUUUUUGCAAUUAUCGCUAGCUAAUAAGAGGCUAUUAAUUAAGGAUGAAAAUUAUUUAAUUAUCGACACACUGAAUAACCUCGGCUCUUUGUAUCAGCACAAGGGAGAGUUUGAAACUUCUGUUGGCUAUUUUGAGGAUUGCAUAAGGACCCUAAUUUCUUCUCCCAUCGAGCUGAACAAAAAUGAACAGAUAGCUUUGUGCUAUUAUAAUCUCGCCUUUUCCUACUUAGGGUUAAAUGAUCCUCAUUCUGCUAUCACUUGCUUAAUUCGAUCCUACACUGUUGCGCAGGAAAUAUUCGGUCCGGAUCACACCCUGACGGUUCGGAUUAAGGAGCUGCGAAACAGGUUGGAACGGGAGGUGGACGCGGCAAAGUG